AUGUUCCUGGGGGCAAUCUUGUUCAAUCAACCCAUCGGCUCUUGGGAUACCUCCUCUGUGACUGCCAUGGAUUACAUGUUUGGGUUUGCAGCAGCUUUCAACGAACCCAUCGGCUCCUGGCAUACCUCCAGGGUGGAGAGCAUGAGUCCCAUGUUUCAUGCUGCUGCAGCGUUCGAUCAACCCGUCGGCUCUUGGGAUACUUCCUCAGUGACCAGCAUGAGAGGCAUGUUCCAGAAGGCAGUGUCUUUCAAUCAGCCGAUCGCAUCCUGGAAUACUUCCUCUGUGGCUGACAUGACAGUCAUGUUCAAUGAGGCAGUCGCGUUCAAUCAGGCCAUCGGCUCGUGGAAGGUGCCGCCUUAUCUGCAGAGGAUUGCGAUGUUGGAAGGCGCCACCGCCUUUGACUCCCCCCCCUGUGACGCAGGAGCCAUCCCGAGCCCAAAUCGGAUCGCUUGCGAGCGUUGCCCCCCAGGCCGCUACGCGGAGGCGGCCUCCCAAGACUGCACUCUUUGCCCCUUUGGCUCCAUUCCUACAGCAGACCAUGGCACCUGCGAGGAGUGUCCGCCCGGUAGGUUCUCAGGAGUUUUGGAUUGCGAGGACGCCGCCUGCCAGUACGAGUGCUUCGGCGCUUUCCAAAACAAGUCUGAGCUUCGCGCAGCCAUGUUGAUUUGGGAGGCUGACAUUGAUCGUACGAGCCAGCAACGGCUGCGGUCCAUUUAUGGGGAAAUACGAAACUGGGAC